GCACGUCAGCGUGGCUAUCUGAUUGGUAGGCUGCGAAAAGCAGUCAAAUGGGCUACUUUGUUUCAAGACUUGUGUUCCAUUAAGGGAGAUUCUAGGACAUCUUUGGAAGCAGAGGCCUAUGCAGCUUAUAUGAGGGGAAAUUUGUUAUUUGAACAAGAUCAGAAUUGGGAAGUUGCACUGAAGAGUUUCAAAAGUGCCAGGGCUGUUUAUGAGGAACUUGGGAAAUAUGGAGACCUUGAGAACCAAGUUUUGUGCCGUGAGCGGGUUGAGGAAUUAGAACCUAGCAUAAGAUACUGCUUACACAAAAUUGGCGAGUCAAAUUUACAAACUUCUGAAUUGUUACGCAUAGGUGAAAUGGAAGGACCUGCUUUGGACCUGUUUAGAGCAAAGUUGGAGGCUGUUAUGUCUGAGGCUAGGUCCCAGCAGGCUGCAUCAAUGACAGAAUUCCAUUGGCUUGGGCACCGAUUUCCAAUAUCAAACGCAAAAACAAGGGUGUCCAUACUGAAAGCUCAGGAACUGGAGAAGGACAUUCAUGGCCCAAAAGCAGACUCUCUUCCGGCAGAUAAAAGACUUGCCACAUUUGACAAAAUAUUUGCUGCAUAUAAUGAAGCCAGAAGCUGCAUUCGCAAUGAUUUGGCUAGUGCAGGAAAUUCUGAAAGCAUGAAAGAUGAUCUUAGUGGCCUUGAUAAAGCUAUUGGUGCUGUUUUAGGACAGCGAACCAUCGAAAGGAACCAGUUAUUGGUUAGCAUUGCUAUAAGCAAACUCAAUAAGGUCCGUGAUGAUAAGAAUGAAAAAGUUACCAAGCCUGAAGAGCUUGUCCGACUAUAUGACCUUUUGUUACAGAAUGCUGCUGAUCUUUCUGAUUUAGUUAGCUCUGGAAGAGAUAGAAAGCCAGAAGAGUUGGCUUUUGCUGAAGAGUGUGAGCUCAAAAGUUUGGUUUUCAGAGUUGAAAGGUGUUUCUAUUUAGCCAAAUCCUACAGUUUGGCUGGAAAGAGAACAGAAGCCUAUGCUUUGUACUGCAAAGUUCGCUUUCUAGCUGAUACAGCCCUUAAAGAGCUUCAAAAUUUGAAGACAGCUGAUCAGGCUGUGAUAAAGGAGUUGCAGACACUGCAAAAAGAAAGUAGAUCAAACAGCUGUAUAGAGCAUGCAUUAGCCAUCAUGGAGGAAGAGCAGGCUCCAGAAAAGCUAUCACAAAAGAUUUCAACUAUAUCAUUGACUGGAAAGGAUAAGAAGUUGGAGAAAUUUCUUAUGGACAACCUGGAUGUGUAUGAAUCAGCAGUGGAUGCCAGUGUCAAGUCAAUGUCACGUAUUGAGCGCUUCCCACCUUCAUUCCAGGCAGCUGCUCGGAGUCCAAUAGUUCUUGACCUGGCAUAUAAUCUAAUAGAAUGCCCAUCACUGGAGAACAGGACAAAGAAGGACAAGAAAAGCUUUUUAGGUAGACUUUGGAGAUGAGUAGGUUUAUUGCGGAGUAUUUUUUUUGUUUUGCGAGUUUUUAUAUCCAUCCAGUGAGUGAUACUCGUGAAAGAUUGACCAUUCAGCGACGAUGAGUUGUGGCAACUUUUGUGGCACUCGGAAAAGAUUCAAAUCGCCAUCAAAAUUUUGGCUCUCUAGAUUCUGU